UUAGGGCUUGUGAAUCGAUCGAUAUGGAUGCGCGAGCGACGCUGCAGCGUUUUCGGGAGGAUCUGUAUACCGGAGCUCCGGCGGGGGAGGACUUGGAUGGCCAGCUCCUGGCAGAGCCCAGCGAUGCGCUCUCUCAUCAGGAAGCUGCUGUUCAGGAAGUAAUCGGCAGGCAGAGGCAGGAUGAAAACGCUACUGGCAACGAUGUUCUUUGCGAGCGUCACAGUCCAGGACGCCUUAAGGAUACUCUCGUAAAGAUGACGGCCGACCAUCGUGCUGAUGCUGCCUCGAAACGAGCCAAGCAGUUAUCCUCGCGACCAGAGAACACGGAAAUUGGAAACGGCUAUGGACUGCCUGGAGGUGGCGCCUAUGCUGUUCGGCCUCCAACGUUUACUCUCGCGGCUCCUGCUGCUGAGCCUUGCCAUCAAACAGCUUCAACAACGCAGCCAUCCUUGCAACACAACCGUGAAGAAGUAGCGAACGUCGGCUCUCUUAAGAGUUCAUCGACAUCCUUGCCUAGGGGCUGGGCAGAAGGGAGGGAUCCGGCCAGUGGCUAUCCUUUCUACUAUAAUGAAAGCACUGGGGAAAGUCGCUGGGAACGUCCACCACCGGAAGAAGAAUCUGUCGAACGACUGCCUCCUGAUUGGCAAACUGCGAUUGAUCCUGGAUCUGGACAAACGUACUACUUCAAUGUGAGAACGAACGAAAGCUCCUGGGAGAGGCCCAAAGCUCCCGCUACUGCUGUUGCUCCUAUCAAAAUGAAAAAAUGUACCGGAUGUGGAGGCUGGGGCGUGGGAUUAGUUCAAGCCUGGAACUACUGCAAUCACUGUACGAGGGUUCUCAACAUCACAGUACCUCUGCACAAGAUGACGCCUACGAAUGAAACUCCCAAGCAAAGGCAAGUGAAGAACAGGAAAAAAAGGGGAGCGGAAGACUUGGAUCCCAUGGAUCCUAGUGCCUAUUCUGAUGCUCCUCGAGGAGGAUGGGGUAUUGGCUUGAAAGGAGUACAACCCAGGGCAGCAGAUACCACUGCAACAGGUCCACUGUUCCAGCAACGGCCAUAUCCAUCUCCCGGGGCUGUUCUACGGAAAAAUGCGGAAGCUGCUGGUCACCAAGGGAAAUCUGGUGCUGGUUUCGCUCCCAUCCAUAAAAGAGGAGAUGGGAGUGAUGGAUUAGGAGAUGCUGACUAAGUUUCACCACGAAGCUGUUUUGAAACUAGCACGACACUAGGUUGUUGUUUAGACAACCUACGCAGGAUAAAGACAAACACUCAAAUAAUUAUAACCAGGCUGGUAUCAAUGCUCUCUCAGCUAUCAAGUCUAGAUGAAGCAAUCACCACGAAUCAUUGGUUUGCCUAGAAUGCAUAAGAUAGUAAAAUGCUCUUAUUAAUGAAGAAAAACCAUUAACUCA